UGAUCGGGCGGUAUGAUCGAAGCGCAAAACGACGUAAAAACACUGAAACAUGUGGUUCAGCUCUCACACUAUUCUUACCUGCAAAUCGCCAAUCACCAUCGCCGCCGUCUCCUCCCCUUUCUCUCACCAGCCACCGCCGUCGUCUUCGUUACUUUUCUAAGGUGUAUUUAAAAUCUCUAUUUGAUAAAAUUGACAGUGCAUUGUAUUUUGGUAGUAUAAGCAGCGAGGGGAUUUGAAUCCUUUUUCUACUUUAUUGGAAUUUUGAGAACGGUUCUGAAUGGCGGCUGCGAUUAUGCAAAGUGUUGGGGCUACAACGGCUAUUUCGUCGGUCAAUUACAAGAAUUCCGGCUACGCUUCUCGCAGAUCUUUCCCAGAGAGGAAACGGAGCUGCCUUUCCAUUCACUGUGAUGGAAGUUUGACCUUUGGCAUGAACAAUCAGAACAACCGGAGUGCAGGGUUGUCCACUAACGCAGUUGCAUCGAAGCAAGAUAAUGUGACAGCUUCUACGGCAUCCAAGCCCGGGCAUGAACUUUUGCUUUUUGAAGCCCUCCGUGAGGGCUUGGAGGAAGAGAUGGACAGGGACCCACAUGUCUGCGUAAUGGGCGAAGACGUGGGCCACUACGGAGGCUCAUACAAAGUAACCAAGGGCUUGGCACCAAAGUACGGUGACCUCAGAGUUCUCGACACCCCCAUUGCCGAGAACUCCUUCACCGGAAUGGCAAUUGGAGCCGCUAUGACGGGCCUUCGCCCCAUAAUUGAGGGCAUGAACAUGGGCUUCCUCCUCCUCGCAUUCAACCAAAUCUCCAACAACUGCGGCAUGCUCCACUACACCUCCGGCGGCCAGUUCAAGAUUCCGGUGGUCAUCCGCGGCCCUGGCGGCGUCGGCCGCCAGCUCGGGGCUGAGCACUCCCAGCGCCUCGAGUCCUACUUCCAGUCAAUCCCGGGUAUUCAAAUGGUGGCUUGCUCCACCCCUUACAACGCAAAGGGGUUGAUGAAGGCCGCCAUAAGAAGUGACAAUCCGGUGAUUCUGUUCGAGCAUGUCUUGCUCUACAAUCUGAAGGGAAAUAUUCCGGACGAGGAGUACGUUUGCAGCCUGGAGGAGGCCGAGAUGGUGCGGCCGGGUGAGCAUGUGACGAUUCUGACGUACUCGAGGAUGAGGUACCAUGUGAUGCAGGCGGCAAAGACUCUGGUCAACAAGGGGUACGAUCCGGAGGUGAUUGAUAUUAGGUCUUUGAAGCCGUUCGAUCUUUAUACGAUUGGGAAUUCGGUGAAGAAGACUCAUAGGGUGGUGAUUGUGGAGGAGUGCAUGAGGACCGGUGGGAUUGGGGCUAGUUUGACUGCUUCGAUAAACGAGAAUUUUCAUGAUUAUUUGGAUGCUCCGAUUGUGUGCUUGUCUUCGCAGGAUGUGCCCACACCAUAUGCCGGGACGCUCGAGGAGUGGACGGUUGUUCAGCCUGCGCAGAUUGUUGCUGCAGUUGAGCAGAUUUGCAAGUGAGUUUAAAGUUUUGAAAUAUGAGUUGGUUGAAAUAGUAAAGAUUUUGUAAGAAUUUUUUAUCUUGGUUUGUUGGAGUUGGAUUUUAUGUAAUUGUCUUUUCAGUACUGUUAUAUGGUAUUUUAACUGUGUAACUGGGUCCAAUUGGUUUAGUGAUUGAAAUGUAUGGGAAAUGUUUGGAAUAGAUGGAUUGGAAAUGUUAGGGCUUUAAAGCCCAAAUCUUAAAUGGGCUUUUAUUUGUUAAUUUAUUUUUAUUUUUACCUUUU